GGGUCCCAGCGAGCCGAAGGCAUGGCGGAGGUAUCUUCGGAGUCGGUGGCCGAGGCCGAGGCGCUGUCCGCGGCACGCGAGCGGAGCCGUCGCUUCCUCAGCGGCCUGGAGCUGGUGAAGCGGGGCACCGAGGCGCGCGUCUUCCGAGGCCGCUUCCAGGGCCGCGCGGCGGUGGUGAAGUACCGCUUCCCCAAGGGCUACCGGCACCCGGCACUGGAGCCGCGGCUCGGCCGGCGGCGGACGGUGCGGGAGGCGCGCGCGCUGCUUCGCUGCAGCCGCGCGGGGAUUUGCGCCCCAGCUGUCUUUUUUGUGGACUAUGCUUCUAACUGCUUGUAUAUGGAAGAAAUCGAAGACUCAGUGACUGUUCAAGAUCAUAUUCAGUCCACCAUGGAGACAGAAAAGAAUCCCCAGAGCCUCCUGGGCUUGGCUGAGAGAGUUGGGCAGGUUCUGGAGAGAAUGCACAACCAGGACCUGGUUCACGGUGACCUCACCACCUCCAACAUGCUCCUGAAACCGCCCCUGGCGCAGCUGAGCAUCGUGCUCAUAGACUUCGGGCUGAGCUUCAUUUCGGGACUGCCUGAAGAUAAAGGAGUGGACCUCUACGUCCUGGAGAAGGCCUUCCUCAGCACGCACCCCAACACCGAGGCCGUGUUUGAAGCCUUUCUGAAGAGCUACUCCACCUCGUCCAGAAAGCCUGGCCCUGUGCUGAAGAAGUUAGAUGAAGUGCGCCUGAGAGGAAGAAAGAGGUCCAUGGUUGGGUAGAAGAGUGGGUGUGACUGGUUUUCAACAUGAAGAUGCUGUCAGCAGGUUAGACCUCAGGGUCUCAAGAGUGCCUGCCCCCUUCUCUAGCAGAGCUCAGAGGAACUGAGGACUAAAUUCUCUUAUGUCGAUGUUGCACAGAGUCAGGUGCUUCAGCUUAGACACUCAGAAAGACGCUUCAAAUCUGAUUCCAUCAGGUGGCUGGACUUCAAUGAGAGGGUCUCAAAGGGAGUGUGACUCCUGAGGAUGUUAUGCAGUUGUCCUUUAAGGAAGAAGAUGUCAUUUACAUAAAUCUCACACAGAUUGUCAGCUUUUGUAAAGGAGCAUUAUACAUAAACAAAUACCACCCAUUUUGCCAUGUAGAAGUAUAUGUCUGCCAAUGCAUAUGUGGAAAACGUCUGAGUAUUUGCCACAGGUGAGGGACAAAUAUUUUCAUGUUGUCUUGAUGUCAGAGACUUUCCAUGACCAGCUCCUCAUAGGCUGUCCAGGUAGACAACACUUAGAAACUUGUGUAUUUUGUACAGGGGACCUGACAGAAUCUGCAGCCUCUUGACGCACAGCGGGAUGACAUGUUUCCUCAUCUUCACUCAUUGCAAGAGAUGAGGAACUGGUUCAAAAGGAUCCCUCCUUGCCCAGGAUGCCACAGGGAGCAAGAGGUGCUGUUCCCUGAUUCAAAGCCCAUGCUUUUGGUUUCUCUUUGAAACAUGGCCUCAUACUGUAUCCCAAGCUGGCCUCAGCCUUCCGAGUGCUGGGAUUACAGGUGUGAGUCACACCUGGCUUUCCACUGAUUCUGUAAGAAAUGGGACAUUGAAUGACAAUCUGUAAUCUAUACUGAUUUGUGUAACAUUUUCAAGGAAGUCCAAGGCCAGAGGAGCAGCAACUUUUUUAGUGAACACUGAACACUUCAUGACAGAGAUGGCCUUUCAUCUUUUUCCUUACGUACACUGAGGGUGGUCUCAGAGAGAUGCCACAUGUGCAGUAAGUCAGCAGACUGCUAGUGCUCGCUGCAGGCCCUGGAGAUCUGAAAGAAGACACGAAGCCCGUUCUUCCUUUCCUGUCGAACAGAGAAUGGGUAGCAGUUUCAGACAUGGAGAGGGAGGUUGGGAGGUGACACUGCAUUCCAGGAGCUCAGAGGACAUUCCAGGAGAAGGAUGGUCACAUGCAUAGUUGGUGAGCAUCCUUGUGGGACAAGGCCCAUGUGACUGGCAUGCAGCUAGCAAGGAGAAGGAACAGAAAAUGGGGUGAAGAGGUGGCCUGAAUUCUGCAGGGCCCUGGAACAGUUUAAUCAGGGUGUAUAACCCAGAAGUUCCUCCAGAAAGCUGGAGUCAUCCAAGGGGGUGGAGCUGCCGCCAUAUUGAGUGGUGAACGGAGGGCAAGCAGGGCAAGCCAGCCUGUGGCCGUGGUGGCGCGGAUCUCAAAGCUCAGUCAAAAUGUAGAAGAUGGAUUAUGGGAGCUUAUGCUUUGUAAGUCACCCUUUCCCGGGUGUCAUAUAAACCGUGCUAAAACCCAAAUAGAAGGUAUUCUAUCCAUUUGUCAGCCCUGGGCCUCAGAGGGCACGGGUCUCCCAAGAAGGGGGAGGGGAAAAUUUAGUGAAACAGGGCAACAUCUGAUUAGUAUUUUGUGUGCAUUGCUCAGGGGCAAGAGAGGAAACAAGCCACCUGGCAGUGAGAGGGCAACUGUGGUGGCCCAUUCGUGAGAACUGCGGCCUAGGGAGGACACAGUAGAACAUGCUGGGAACUAUCUGGGCCAGGAUGUCACUCAGGGGGCCUGAGACUUGGUAGCAGUAGCAGCAGUGAGGACUAAUGAUCUCCUUUGCAAGUGUCUGGAGGGAGAGAGGUGGACAGAGUGAAAGGCGAGGAGCUCCCUAAAUGCUGGUACUGGCAGCUUGGUGCAAAGCCCCACAGAAGCCCAGCCAGAUAAAGGCACUCAGCAAAGUGUGAUUUGUCCUAGCACCACAGUAAGUGAUGGCUGGGGCUCAAACCCAAGGUUUGACAGCAAUACUCUACAGAGAGUUAAAAGUUCUUUGCAUAUAUUAACUCAUCUUACAGGGGGCAGCAGGCAUGGAGAAGUUAAGGCUUGCCCAGAGCCACUCAGUGAAUGGCAGAGCCACGGAAGUGCAACAUGACAGACACCUGGCUGAGAAGGACCUCCUGUCACAACUGCUCUUACAGCCCGGCUGUGGGUCCUCGAGUCGUGGUUCCCUUAAGGCUUGGCAUAGUAGGUGCUCCCAUUAGGAGUUCUUAAAUGAGGCGAACUGGCCACGCCUACAUGGAAUGUUUUGGGAAAGCCCCACUGGUGAAGGCAUGGAUAUGAGCUGUGAAUAAGAACACAGCACCCAUCUGACUCCGUAGUAACACUUUAUUUACAAUUGCCCUGCAAGCCCUACUUUGCCUGUUUGACCCCCCCACUCCCCACCUCUUUAGAGUCAGGUUCUCUCUGUAUAGCUCUACUGACUUAGAACUCACUAUGUAGCCCAGGCUGGCUUUGAAUUCACGGAG